GGGCUUCCGUAGACACGGAAGUAUUGUUUCACAAGCCAGCACCGGUGGCCGCUUUCGCGUGACAUUCACCGGUGUGUCCGGGGUUGGAGGUUGCCUGAACGGAGGAAUAAUAUCACUCUUCUUGACGUAGCUGUUGUCAAAAUGAGAGUACUAAAUGCCGGACUGUCUUUGGCUAAAACGCAUCUUUUAGCACCACGAAGCGUCACUGUUAAGAAGUUGCUCAUUAACAGCUGUCGGUCAUGCUCCUCCGGUAUCUUCCCCAACGAAAGGAUCCGCAACAUCGGCAUCUCGGCUCACAUCGACUCGGGGAAGACGACACUGACCGAGCGUGUCCUCUUCUACACCGGCAGGAUAGCGGCGAUUCACGAGGUGAAGGGGAAGGACGGAGUCGGAGCCACCAUGGACUCCAUGGAGCUGGAGAGGCAGAGAGGCAUCACCAUCCAGUCAGCUGCUACAUACACCAUGUGGAAGAACCACAACAUUAACAUCAUCGACACACCAGGUCACGUGGACUUUACCAUUGAAGUGGAGCGAGCACUGCGUGUGCUGGACGGAGCAGUGCUGGUUUUGUGUGCUGUGGGAGGCGUCCAGUGUCAGACCAUGACCGUGAACAGACAGAUGAAACGCUACAACGUGCCCUUCCUCACAUUCAUUAACAAGUUAGACCGACUGGGCGCCAACCACAACCGAGCCCUGCAGCAGAUGAGAACCAAGUUGAACCACAAUGCUGCCUUUGUGAGCAUCCCCAUCGGUCUGGAGGGAAACAUGCGCGGCAUCAUUGAUCUUGUACAGGAGCGCAGCAUCUAUUUUGAAGGACCAUUUGGGCAAAAUAUCCGCUAUGAUGAGAUCCCUGCAGAUUUUCGUGCAGAGGCUGCAGAGCGGAGACAGGAGCUUGUGGAGUGUGUGGCCAACGCUGAUGAAAUCUUGGGAGAGAUGUUCUUGGAGGAAAAAGUUCCUUCCAAUGAAGACUUGAAGGCUGCAAUCCGCAGGGUCACAGUGCAGCGUCUCUUUACCCCAGUGUUGGUGGGAACGGCACUGAAAAACAAGGGCAUCCAGCCUCUGCUUGACGCCGUGCUUGAUUAUUUACCGAACCCCACAGAAGUCAAGAACUAUGCUAUCCUCAAUGACGAAGAUUCUAGUGAAAAAUCAAAGAUUCAAAUGGACCCUACAAGAGAUGCUUCAAAUCAAUUUGUUGGUCUUGCCUUCAAACUAGAGGCAGGGAGGUUUGGUCAGCUGACAUAUGUGCGGGUUUACCAGGGCUGCCUGAAGAAAGGUGAAUACAUCUACAACACACGCACCAGCAAGAAGGUCAGAGUUCAGAGGCUCGUGCGUCUCCAUGCUGACCAGCUGGAGGAUGUGGAUGAAGUUUAUGCAGGAGAUAUUUGUGCGCUGUUUGGGAUUGACUGUGCUAGUGGAGACACGUUUACUUACAGAACCAACGAAAACAUCUCAAUGGAGUCAAUUCACGUCCCAGAACCUGUCAUUUCCAUGUCACUAAAGCCGACAGACAAGAACGACCUGGACAAAUUUUCCAAAGGUAUCAACCGUUUCACCAGGGAAGAUCCAACAUUCAGAGUCCAUUUCGACACAGAAAGCAGAGAGACCAUCAUCUCGGGCAUGGGCGAGCUGCACCUGGAAAUCUACUCGCAGAGAAUGGAGAGGGAAUAUAACUGUACAUGUGUGAUGGGGAAACCCAAAGUGGCCUUCAGAGAAACCAUCACCGCUCCUGUAACGUUUGACUUCACUCACAAGAAGCAGAGCGGCGGCUCUGGACAGUAUGGUAAAGUUAUUGGGGUCCUUGAGCCUCUGGAGCCAGAGGAUUCCACCAAGCUGGAGUUUGAAGACCAGACUGUUGGUACAAACGUCCCAAAGCAGUUUGUACCCGCUAUUGAAAAGGGUUUCAGGGAGGCCUGUGAGAAGGGACCGCUGAGUGGGCACAAGAUCUCAGGAGUCCGGUUCGUCCUAGAAGAUGGGGCAAACCACAUGGUUGACUCCAAUGAGAUCUCCUUCAUCCGUGCAGGAGAGGGCGCUCUAAAGCAAGCCAUGGAAAAAGCCAAGACGGUCAUCCUGGAGCCAAUCAUGUCUGUGGAGAUCGUAGCACCACAAGAGUUUCAGGGAGCAGUCAUUUCUGGUGUCAACCGUCGGCAUGGUGUUAUCACAGGACAGGACGGGGAUGAGGGAUACUUCACUCUAUAUGCUGAUGUUCCACUGAAUGACAUGUUUGGAUAUGCCUCAGAAUUGCGCUCCUGCACUGAAGGAAAAGGCGAGUACACCAUGGAUUACAGCAGAUAUCAGGCAUGCCUGUCAUCCACACAAGAAGAACUCAUCCACAAAUACCUUGAGGCCACAGGGCAGCUGCCUGCAAAGAAGAACAAGUGGAAGAACUGAAGCCUGUUCCUGUUUGCCCAACUGGACUUUGUCAUGACACCCUUCCUUCUUUAGGUACCUUUUCUGUCCAACAUCAACCAUGAAGCGACUUUAAUUAGUGAAGCCAAACGUAACUUGACAUUUCACCUUUGCUUUGUAGUAAAACCCUUAUUUAUUACUUUGAUUUUACCACAUUAUGACCUCAAGAUUCUGCAUUUUUAAGAUGGAGAUUGAUAAGGAAGCUCAGUGUGUUGAGUUGAGCUUGUUAUGGCUUUUGUACUAUGUACAUAGUGGUUUUGAUGUAAUAAUACUUGCAGCAAAUACACAUAGGCUACCGUUCUUUUUAAAGUGUAUUUUUGUGCAGAUUGUUAAUUUCCCCCACAAAGUAAAGUACACACCACCCUGAGUGGCAAUCACUUCACACAUGGCUGCGUCCUACAAAAACGGCUUAAUUUCAGGGUGAGAACUCAUUUUAUCUCACCUGUCCAGAGGUGUCAGCCUCAUCUGCUGUCUCUGGUAAGCUGUUGGGAUGAGCUGACAUGUCCGUUGAUGCAGCCUCAGGUCUGAUCGUCACACUGAGGCUCCCAUUUACCCCCAAUAAAACAGCCAGAAAAACAAGACUGCUCAAAGACAUUUUAGUUUCCUGGAAAAUGCAGACGUUAGAGAAAAAGGGAAAAGAACUUGUGUGGAAGAGUCCAAGCAGGGAAAUGACCCUCCCAUCAGUGUGGAGUUAUAUAACGACCAGGAGGAGCGGAAGCACCAAGGAGAGACUGUCCAGAUCAUGCUGUCUUCCUGACACCAUCUGCUUAUUUUUAUUUUUUUUAUCUCUAACUAAACAACGUACUGUUCCACUUUGAAUAGAACAAGACGACUCACGUAACCUGUCAGCCACUAAAUGGUUCAACAAAUGAUGAUCUCAGGAAAAAGUUUUCCAUUACAGCAGAUUAACGUGAACCUGAUGGGCUGAACAACAUGUUGAUUGUCCUGGUUAAGUUCAAACGCAAAAUCUAUCAAUAAUGUUCAAGGCCUAAGACCAAGCUGGAGAGUUGAGAUGAGCAGCCUUAAGACAAAUAGAAAUCAAAGCUUAACAAAAUACUUUUUUGUCACCUUAUAACAUAAUCCAACUGCUUAAUUUUGAAGCUUUAGAAAGAAAUGUUUUUCUUUGCUUUUGGAUGAAAGAGAACAAUAGAGUGGAAAAAGAUUUUUUUUUUUAACUGGCUAGAGGAAGAGGAAACUGGGAGAAACUGCUGAUGAAGUGAAUAACCGUUAUGGAAAUAAGAUGGAUUUCCUCCAUGUUUUGCGCAUUUGUGUUUUGUUAGGGACGUUAGACACUGACAGAAGCUGAAUAUUAUUAUUGGUAUUACUACCUCUAUGGGGAAAAUCCAACUUACCGUGCAUUAAAACAAAAUCAAACUUUGCACAUACAGCAGGUCCAGUCCAGCGACAAACUCCCUUAGCUGACACAAGCCAAAAGUCUGAUGUUUCAUAGCUGCUACAGCUUUGAAACUUGCCAUGAAAUGUUUAGAAACCUUUGGCUCUAUCACUGUGAUACACAAUUAUGAAGUCCAUCACUGUUUAUAUUAAAAACGGUUAACAAUUUAAACAUAUCUCCUUAUAAUGUCCAUGAAAAAUUUUGACAUUUUAAAUUCUUCUCUUAUGUUUGCUAUUACAGCAUUUCCAAUUUCCAGCAUUUCUUCGUUGUCUAGAUACGGUUUGUAAAAUGUCAUCAUUUGAUUUUACUCACAUUUUCAUAAUUCUACACCUGAGACACAGCAAAUGUAUGUGUGAUAUGUGCAGAUAUCUGUAACUGUAGUUUUGACUAGUAAAAACUGAAUAGCGGAUAUCUGUUACUGUCAUUUUGACAAAUAAAAACUGAAUAGCAGAUCUGUUACUGUAAUUUUGACUAGUAAAAACUGAAUAGCAGAUCUGUAACUGUAAUUUUGACUAAUAAAAACUGAACAGCAGAUAUCUGUUACUGUCAUUUUGACUAGUAAAAACUGAAUAGCAGUUAUCUGUAACUGUAGUUUUGACUAGUAAAAACUGAAUAGCAGAUAACUGUUACUGUAGUUUUGACUAAUAAAAACUGAAUAGCAGAUA